GCCCUCUUUGUGGGACACCUCUAUACCAUGAAUGAAGCUGGGAUUAAGUCCUUCCUAUCUUUAUUGUCAUUGGCUAGUUCUACUGAACAGAAAAGAUUUAAAAAAGGGAGUAUCAUUUGUGUCUGAGUAACAUCUUAAGCCUGUGUCUGAGCUGCAAGGAUAAUCAGUGAAGCAGCAACAGCAUCAUGUACAUUGCUUUGGCUAUAAACUGUGCCUUUAUCCUGCUCCAGACAGUCCUCGAUCCUGUACUGGGAUGGCCAUCUCUUAAAAACGAUGCUACGGAAAUUAUUCCAGGGAACAUGGAAAAUACUGAGGCCAUUGUAGAAACUACUGUGACCAGUGACAAUUACACUCUGAAUCAAGCUAAACAUGGAGGAAGAUACUUGCAUCAAACUACAGAUCCAACAGAUCCAUCAGAAUUCAGUUGCAGAGAGUUGCGUUCCACUCAGUUUAUCACUGAUGGGCCUUGUCGCAGUCUCAAACCAAUCAAGGAGCUGGUUUGUUCAGGCCAGUGUUUACCAUCUCACCUUCUACCAAACUCCAUUGGCCGGGGAAAAUGGUGGCGUCAGAGCUCAAUGGAUUACCGCUGCGUGCCUGCUCAUAGCCACACACAACGCAUUCAGCUGCUGUGCCCUGACAAUGAAGUGAGGAUAUACAAAAUCAGAGUGGUGACAUCAUGCCGAUGCAAGCGCUAUACCCGUUUCCAUAACCAGUCAGAACUUAAAGACUUUGGAAAAGACACAGUGAGACCUAUCAAGAAUAAGAAGCCGCGACUUGCCAGGAUGAGGAGCAAAUCAAACCACCAUGAACUUGAAAAUGCAUAUUAAUCAUGCACAAUAAAUGCAGAUGCUAUUUAUAUGUGGUUAUGAUAAGCUGACAGUGUUGAGUUAUGCAACACGUAAAGAUUAAAGUCUGAGGAGUUGCUUUAGCAAGUUUAGAUUAUGGCUGAUCUAUUAUCCACAGAUUAUACUGAGAAGGCAAAUAAAGAGAGAUAAGAAAGGAAGGCUGAACUGAAGUAGGAGAGAAAAUAUUGAGCAUAUUAUUUUUGUAACAGUAUUUUAUGUCAUACUGCAGUUACACCAUUUAGUUACUUAGUGUAUAUAAGGGCAACCUGCUUGUUGAAUUGGUCACCAGACUGAGGCAGAGGGGCACAGGUUAAUAGACUACUGCACAAAUGUAUAGGAGGAGAUACUUGUCUCUUAUGGAUAAUUUAAGACAUGAGAAUGGAGUUUAAGACUAAUUGCAUAUAUAUGCUUUAUAUGAUAAUCUUUAUAAGACUGAUUUAUGAUUUUACUGGGUUUGCUGUUUUAUAUAUAUAUAUAUAUAUAUAUAUAUACUGUAUAUAUCUAAAAAGCUUGGGGUUCAGAGUUUUGAUGAGGAAUAUUUAUUUCUCCAUAUAUUGGAGCAUAAUGACUAGAAUAUUCUAAAUUAUAUUUUUAAAAAUUACCUUUGCCUUUCUCUUCUCCUUUUCCCAUACUCAUUACAUUGUUUAACUGUACUCUUCCCAGUGUCAGUAGGAGAGAACCCUUGGUGAUAUAAUGUCUGUUUUUUGUGACAUAAUCAUUGAGUAUCCUCCUCAAAUAUUUUUAUUUUUCUGAAUUUACUGAAUAACUGAAGCUAAUAGAGUCCAUACCUCAAUCUAAAUAUAUAUCUAUACACGUAUAUUGUUUUAUCUCAGUUUACAUACCCUCCAAUAUGAAAUUUGAACAAAUAUUUUAUGUUUCUUCCUGCUUAUUUUCAAAUGCAGUAAUUUAUGUUAAAUAACUUGAUUUAUAAAAGAAAAGAAAAGAAAAGAAAAACGAAAGAAAACACAAUUUCAGCCCACAUUACUGUGAACUACGGUAAGUGUUGCAGUAUAUGCACAUUGGCAUUAAAGAAAUGCUUGUCAGAAAGUGUGUGCACAGGGCCUUUUUAUUUACAUUAUCAUUAUGAAAUGUAUUUACCAGCCCUUAAAGAGAAUAAUGUUGGAAAGUAAAGGUAUAAUAUAUGUAGGCCUUUAAUACUUAUAACAUUGUAUAUUAUUCAGAACAAAAUGCUUUAUAAGUGAACUUAAUGUAACACAUUAUCAGAAGAGUAUGCCAUUUUUAUAUUCUAUUAUGUCUUAAAUGAAACAUAUUUUAUAAAUGUAUUAAAAGUGACGUGUAAUAGAAAUGUUCUUCAUAUGUUACACAAUCCACUUAGUAUUUAUUGUCUAAAGACUGUAAAAGCUACGCUCUAAGCAUAUGUAAUCUCUCCCUCUGAUUAUCUAUGAGCAUCUUUAAAGCUGCUUUCCAUUCCACGUUUCACACAAGAUAAAAACAUCCCAAACUUUAAAUGCCAGUAACUGCAUGUGACAUUAAUGAGAAAUAUGUGUCUGAAAUUAAUAAUAAAUACCAAAGUGGAUGGUGUAGGAUCAGUUGUGUCAGGGCCGGAUUAAGCAUGGUGGGGACCCCGGGCAAUGAAGUUGUGAGGGCCCCCACUACAGUAGAUGACAGACCCCUGAGCCCCCCCUUACACACACACACACAUACACCCAUGCUGCACACAACACACACACACACACACACACACACACACACACACACACACACACACACACAACUAUGCUGCACACAACACACACUUACACCCAUGUUGCACACAACACACACACAGACGUACACACACACACAUAUGCGCUCACGCUACCUGUCCGCCCUGCGGUGCAGCGGAUGCCGGAGUCAGGGCCCCACACCCAGGAGCGUAGUAGUCUCCCCCCCCUCCCGGCAGCUCAGCUGUUCAUUAACACCUUGCACAGCAUUUAAUAGUCUCGUGGGAUGCUGCAUUGAAAUCCGGCGAGAGUAUUAAAUGCUGUGCCAGUUACACCUCCUCGGUGGCGCUGUUAAUGAACAGCUGAGCUGAGCCUCCGGGAGGGGGGAGACUACCACGGUCCUGAGUGUGGGGGCCCCAAAUGUGUGGGGGCCCCGGGACGACCGCCCCUUUCGCCCCUCCCUUAAUCUGGUCCUGAGUUGUGGGUGCCUAACAACCAGUGGCGGCUCCAGAGGUGGGGCUGCAGUGCAUAGGGGAGCCACACCAACUGCCAGUGAGUCCUGAAUGGUGAUGUUUGUCAGUGUUUGGUGUGGCAGAUGGUGUGGCUCCCCUAUUUGAAUUUUGGACUGUGCUGCAGCCCCACUUCUGGAGCCGCCAUUGCUAACAACCAAUCAUAUGCUGGUCACUAUGGCACUUAAGUCUAAACCAAUUUAAAUCCCUGUAAGUACAAUGAAAGGAGUGGAGGUAGAGCUAAACAAAAAUGAAAAAAAUUAAAUAAAAAUAGUAUACAGGUUGAGUAUCCCUUAUCCAAAAUGCUUGGGACCAGAGCUAUUUUGGAUAUCGGAUAUUUCCGUAUUUUGGAAUAAUUGCAUACCAUAAUGAGAUAUCAUGGUGAUGGGACCUAAAUCUAAGCACAGAAUGCAUUUAUGUUACAUAUACACCUUAUACACACAGCCUGAAGGUCAUUUUAGCCAAUAUUUUUUAUAACUUUGUGCAUUAAACAAAGUGUGUAUGCAUUCACACAAUUCAUUUAUGUUUCAUAUACACCUUAUACACACAGCCUGAAGGUCAUUUAAUACAAUAUUUUUAAUAACUUUGUGUAUUAAGCAAAGUUUGUGUACAUUGAGCCAUCAAAAAACAAAGGUUUCACUAUCUCACUCUAAGUCAAAAAAGUCCGUAUUUCGGAAUAUUCCGUAUUUCGGAAUAUUUGGAUAUGGGAUACUCAACCUGUAUACCUAAAAAAAAAAAAAAAGAAGACAGCUAGCCAAUGACGAGCCAUAAGAAAUAUCUUUUUGACAUUUCUCUUGAUCUGGUUGCUAUAAAAACAAUGAUUGAAAUACAUAAUUCUAUGGAAUUUUACCCUUAAAUUCUUCUAUAUGUUUCUUAAAAAUGAAGUACACUAAGGAAAACAAAUACAUAUCAGAAUUUCAAAGAUUAUUCUCAGACAUUCACCAAAUACUGUAAAUAAUAAGUAACAUGUUUGUCUAAUACAAAGCUAAAGCAAAAAAUAUACAUUUAUAAAGUAUAAUGUAAAAAACUGCCACAGGUAUAAAAGUAAUGUAACUCAGAAAUUAUGCAAUAAAGACUUCUCAAAAUAUGGAAUUAUCUCUUUAAAUAAAUUUUGAUGAUAAAACAAAAAUGCAUUGUUUCAAUAUUUUUGUUCCACUUUUAAAAGUAUGUACCGGAGAUACUGUAACAUAACUUAUUUGCUAUAGUAGCUUAGAGAUGGAUGUCUAGUACUAGAUAAACAUAUAGGUUUGGGAUUAUGUAUGUCUGUUUAGUAUAUAGGGGGUCAUUCCGAGUUGUUUGCUCGGUAAAUUUCAUCGCAUCGCAGCGAUUUUCCGCUUAGUGCGCAUGCGCAAUGUUCGCACUGCGACUGCGCCAAGUAAAUUUGCUAUGAAGUUAGGUAUUUUACUCACGGCUUUUUCUUCGUUCAGGCGAUCGUAAUGUGAUUGACAGGAAGUGGGUGUUUAUGGGCGGAAACAGGCCGUUUUAUGGGCGUGUGAGAAAAAACGCUACCGUUUCUGGGAAAAACGCGGGAGUGGCUGGAGAAACGGAGGAGUGGCUGGGCGAACGCUGGGUGUGUUUGUGACGUCAAACCAGGAACGACAAGCUCUGAACUGAUCGCAGAUGCCGAGUAAGUCUGGAGCUACUCAGAAACUGCACAGAGAUGUCUUUUCGCAAUAUUGCGAAUCUUUCGUUCGCAAUUUUACUAUGCUAAGAUUCACUCCCAGUAGGCGUAGGCUUAGCGUGUGCAAAGCUGCAAAAAACGGCUUGCGAGCGAACAACUCGGAAUGACCCCCAUAGUAUAUUAAACCAUAUUGAAGACCUAGAUGAUAACAAACCUUUCUAGUACAUACAUAUAUCCUUGUUGCAUUCAGUACUGAUAUAACACACUGCAAAAUGUUAUUAUAUGAGUAAAUAAAUGCCAGAAAGAUCAAAAUAUAUUGUUGUCUAAUAUAAACUUAGGGGUCUAUUUACUAAGCCUUGGACUAAGUACCAGCCAAUCAGUGUCUAACUGCCAUGUCACAGGAUGGGUUUAAAAAUGACAGGAGCUGUUUGGCUGGUACUUUAUCUUUAGCCACUUUAUCAACAUCCAAGGCUUAGUAAAUAGACCCCAUAAUUUGUAGAAAACAUAAUUUGGUCUCUUUAAAUGUAUUUAAGGCAGCCAGGUGUAGUGAUAGCAGAACACAAUACAUCAGUAUAUGCAUUCUUGCUUUUAUAUACUAAAGCCUGUAUAUAUG